UCCAAUUGUACGAUUAACAACAGCCACUGCAAGACAAAUACAAUUUGUGUGGUGAACAAAGUUUCUUGACUUGUGAGGCUUUUCUCAGUACUCUCCUCUCCCCUUCCUCUCCCCUUCCUCUCCAAUAAUUAAACCAUCAACAGCCAGUGUAGGACGAAUACAAUUUGUGGUGUGGAGAAAGUAUCUUGACUUGAAGAAGGAAGCAUCAAACAACUAGAAAUCAUGAUUGGAUGGUUCCCGCUGACAGCCUUGGGAUGGCUCGCGGAGAGCAUCAUGGUUGCCUUUGUCGGGAAGGCCGUCGAUCGCGCUGUUCAACAGUUCGGUGAGCAGCAUGGAGUUGAAGAUGACCUCGAGAAGCUGAAGGAUUCUCUCGAUCACGCUAGGUUCACCAUCAGCACCAUCGAGCGCUUACGGAUCAAAGAUGAAGGCCUGCAGAAGAGAUUGAAGGAGUUGCUGAUACGCCUCAAGAAUGCUGCUUAUGAUGCUGAUGACUUAUUGGAUGAAUUCCAAUACAGAAUUCUGAAGCAGCAGAUCGAGCAACAAGGAGAUGAGGCUGGUAAUCGAGCAUCGUCUUCCUCCUACUCUACUCCCCCUCCAAGCAAAAGGACAAAAACAUCAUUUUCUAGUAUUAGUACCAGUGGUAUUUGUUGUUUCCGGUAAAUUCCGGAGUAUGCAAACUGAUCGUCGAGGCUAGUGUUCGACACUAUCUCCGUAAA